ACAACCGUUGGAUAGUUUUUCACGAGACGGAAAGAACCGAACCAAGCCGGUCGGCUUAUUUCGGAAUUUCCAAUUUUGCGUCGACAAGGAGAGAGAGAAGAAAACGACACGUCGACGAAUUAGAUCGAGACGAUCUGUCGUCUUAUCGACGUUCAAAGGAGAAAUCCCACGGAAUCGCCGGAAAACGGAUUCCCGCCAUAUCCAGAAGAAACUCCGACGACAUCGAACAGACUAAACUCCCGAAGAGAGAGCAUAGCCUCUUCUUCAUCGAUUCGUUCUCCAUGAGCUGUCUGUACAGUUCUUUUCAAACACUCGGCUAUGCUCUUCCGUCCCCCGUUCAUAUUCCCAAAUCCCUAGUUUCCCCAAUUCUCACCUCAAUUUCACCCCUAAAUUCCGGCAAAGUUGGAGCACCUGUUUACUGGAAAAUCGUCCUCAAGCCAGUGAGAAAGAGAAGUUUGGAAGUUAGAGCUUCGAAGAGUGAUGAUACUGGAACUGAGAAGUGGCUGAAAUGGUUACCCAAUGGAGCUUUAGCUGCCGAUAAAAUUUUGCGCUUGAUUGCCAGUGCAACCGCCAGCCCAAUCAGCCAGUUCGUUUCGUCGCCAGUCACAUUUCUUCAUUCUGUAGACCCGCGAAUUAAAUUGGUAUGGCUGUUGGCUCUUGUUGUUUUACCAGCUAGAUCAAAUAUCACUAUUCGCUUUGGACUUGUGAUUUUCUUGGCUGUUCUAUCCAUAUGGAUUCUUCCAACCGAGUUAUGGAAGGACCAACUGGGAAGAGUGUCUAUACUCUCAGGGAUUUUGUUCGUCAUGCUGGGGCUAGGUGCGGACGGUGUGCCACCCCUCAUCCAAUCAAGAACUCCUCCACCUGGAAUGAUGGGAUUGCCCGAGCUCCCUGCUUCUUUGGGAGGUUACUCGUAUUUAAUUGCAAAGCUUGGCCCUUUAACUUUUACGAGGAAAGGGUUGUCAAUAGCAAGUACAUCAGCAUGUUUAACAUUUGUUGUCUUCCAAAGUGCAAGUCUCUGCCUCACAACUACAGCCCCAGAACAACUUGCAUUUGCGAUACGUUGGUUUAUGCUUCCUUUGGGGUAUUUUGGUGUUCCAGUUGCUGAAAUCACACUCACUCUUUUACUUUCUUUGAGAUUUGUUAGUCUCGUGUUUGAUGAGGUUCGAAAUGUUGCGUUAGGAAUUGUAUCCCGCAGGAUAAACUGGCAAAUGUUGACCACAAUGGAGACAGUUGAUGUUUUCUUUACUUAUCUCCGUCGCAUCUUCAAAAAUAUUUUUAGCCACGCUGAGCAGAUUUCUCAGGCAAUGAUUGUAAGAGGUUUUCGAGGAGAUAGCAGCAGUCAUAAGCUAUAUUUCUUAUCAAAUUCAUCAAGCAGAAUGGCAAAUAUUCUCUCCCUGUUAUGCUUGAUUGGUGUCAUCAGUGCUUCUGUUUUCUUUGACAAAGUCAUCGUCUGAUACCUACUUCCACUUUUUGCCAUCUUCUCUCCUGCUAAAGCUGUUGCAAGUGAAAAUAGAUACAUGUUUCUUCAACCCUAGAGAUCUAUAUUGCUCAUCCCAUGACUUUUUCUUAGAUGGGACAUGAUGAAAACUUUCAUUGGGUGGAUUCAGAUGGUACAUGAUUUAUGUUGUUGAGAGCUCAGGAGGGUGUUCCUCUGCUCCCUUGAUUGUAUACUUUGGAAGUGAAAGAUAAAGAUUAAUUCCUUAGAACUUAGGGAGGGAAAUCUCUCUUAUUGUAGGAAAACUAAUAUGUUCAAAAUCUGUUUAUUUUAUUUUAGUUGGAAAUUACUACUUAAUUACAAAUUAUUUUGUUUA